CGAAAUCCUUCCGCCCUAGUACUUCAUGGGCCGAAGGAGGAGAAAAUUCUUGCGAACAUCACAUCUUCCUGCCCAGAGCCCCAGAGACAGCUCGAUGCCAGCCUUGUCGCGAUGUUGGGAAAUUUUCCGAUCUUGACAGCAUCAUCCCGAUGGAGGUCCAGUCCCCGUCUAGCUCGAAUGCGACCGACAAGGGUGAGAACCAGAAGCAGGCUGCAUGUUUGAAUUGUAGGAGGAGUAAGACGAGAUGCCUGCGUGAUGCUGGCCAUCUCAAAUGCAAGAAAUGUGCCCAGACACAAGCAGAGUGCAUCGUCCCGGAAUAUCGGGUGGGCCGGAAGAAAGGGAUCAAGAAUAAACGUGAUGGGCUGGAAAAGGCUGUCUAUCAAAUAGAACAGGCUAUCAAGAGGUCGAAGAGCAGCGACCAGCAAUUUGAAGCAGACCAGGACACACAGCACCUGCGAACCCUCUUGAGCGAGGCACAAGGCCUGCUGCCCAGACAAUUGACAAACGGUUCCGAGGCCUCUUUUCAUCACCAAAGAACGCCCAGUCAGGAUCAAGGUCCUCAUCAGCAAACCCAAUUUGGACAACCGACCCUCUCUGGAAUUCAGACUUCAGACGACAACUUCGAGGUUGACGACGCAGAGAACCCGCUGCAGCUCCUUGCAAGAGCCUCGGAUCUCUCUGCCCCGCCAAAUCAAGCAUCAUAUACCACAAAUCGCUCCUCAUUUCCCCAACCUCGGAGUUCAAACGUGGUGGCGGAUCCCGAUCUUCAGGCCUUCUUCGGACCAUUUCGUCCCAGCUUGGAUGUCGGAUCUGACAUUGACCCCAUUGAUAUGGGACUUGCCACGGAAGUUGAGGCUAACACAUUGUUCCAAUAUUUCUACGACAAUCUUGCACAUACACGAUGGGGUCUCGACCCGCUGCUCCAUACUCCGAAAUUCGUCCGAAAGCAGUCGUCAUUCUUGUUUACCUCGAUUAUGGCUGUAUCAGCCAUUUUCAUCCCAACUGCUGCUGCAUUGUCCAAGCGACUCAAGUCUCACUGCAAACUUCUCGCUCGAGAUAUCAUCGUCAAUAGGAAUCGAUCGCCCGAAAUCGUCCUGGCGUUCAUGGUCAAUAUUCCAUGGAUGGCACCUGGAAAGCAUUGGGCAGAUGAUGAAACCUGCUCCUAUAUGGCCUCUGCUCUCACUAUUGCAGUGGAUAUCUCAUUGAACAAACUCAUUGUACCGUCGCCGAGUGAGUCCUUAGCAGGUGUUCAUGAGAUUAGGUCGCCAUCAGAAUGCAUCGCCGCAAGAAAAGCACUGGAUCUCGAUGGUUUCCAAGACGUAGAGCCAUUAUCCCAGCUAGGGCAGCGAUUGCUUCGUCGUCGAGAAAGGAUAUGGCUGGCCUUGUUUGUGCUCGACAGAGGUGUAUGUCUCGCGAGAGGACGAAGCUUCACAGUGCCUAUCACUCCAAUCAUCGAGCAUUGCGAUAAUUGGCAUCAAUCCCCGACCGCAGAUAGUUGGGAUGGGUCCAUCGUAGCUUCAACGAUGCUUCGGAGAGAUCUCGCAUGCAAAUUUGUGUCUGGAUUGAGAACUUCACUGACUCUUGCACAGGUCGACCUCAUCUCGGAUGUCAAAAAGACCUGCGACAGUAACAGAACACACGCUGUGAACGGAUCUACCAUAGCCCAAUCGCUGCAAGAUAUGAUUGAUUCGUUUUUCGGCAACUGGUACGCGACGUGGGCAUUUGCAACAGGCGGGAUGAAAGAUAACUCGAUCCCUCCAUAUGUGGAAAUCCUCGUCACCCACGGUCGCCUCUCAAUCUAUUCUAGUGUCAUCAACCACCCCACUGCCCCUGUGGAAGUGAAGCGCUUUUUUCGCGCAGCCGGUCUCUCCUCCUCACUGAACGUAAUGCGAGCUGCAGUUCAAGGCGAAAGUCGAUUAAAGUCGAUGCCAAACAACACCGCGAUCAUGAUUUCCUUCGCUGCCUGCUUUGCAUUCUAUCUCAGCACCUUGGGCUCGACGGGAAGCAUAAGCCUAGCACCGAGUAUCCGACGACUAAUCGAAGAAUCUGCUGAUGUACUGGAGAGAACUGGCUCGAAUCCGCCGCAUCGCAAUGGCACUUCCGCUCUCUACGGCCGUCAUCUCCGUGAAGUCGUUGGAUCGCCUCCCCAAGCAGUCGAAUCAAGAAAUCUCCCAGGACAGAACCAACAACAAUAUUCGGUGCAGCAAAUACAAGCACCGAUUCAAACUUAUCAGAAUAGAGGAGACUUAGGAUUGGGCCAGAUGGAUGCUGAAUUCCUGCAGUUCUCUGCUAUGUCAGACGAUCAGAUCACGGAGGCAAUCAAUAAUGCGGGGCAGGAGUUGGAGACAUAUAUGCCGACUUUUCAGAUGGAUGAUAAGACAGGAUUGGAUUGGUUGGAUUGGUUUAAUAUGGAUGUGAAUGGCUAGACCAAAAUCUUAUUUACUACCCAAGAGGAAAAGCCGGCACCGAGACGUAUCAAAAGCGCUGGCUGCCGUUAAACUUUGUGGUCAGCCGGCUCACUAUAACUGGGAAAUCUGUAUUCCGUGUGAGUGCACUCCGAACGGCAUCUCCUCCUUGUUUCAGGGAUCACUAUGCAGCCGUACUCUGGGUCAUACCAGAACCUAACGUAAUCUUCGUCCGAAAGCGACCCGAAUGCUAUCAUAUAGAUCCUCCAAAUAGGCGACCUAUUUUCAAUAAGCAAACUACAACAUUU